AUUGCAACCACUUUAUCUUGAUAGCCUAGCCGUUUGGUCAACAAACAAAACUGCACACGAUCUGACUCUGAACCAGAUACAUGAAAUCUCAAUGGAGAAGAAAAGGAGCAACACUACCAACAAAACUAUCAUCAAAACAUUAAAAUUAGCAAAUCCCAUCUCGCAAAACAUUAUUGUCCUAACACUGCUUUCCCUCUGUCUCAUUCCCCUUUCUGCCCUCCAUAAACCACCUCCUCUUCCCAUUCUACCGCUUCCUUCAUCAUCCCAGCUCCAAUGGCAACUCUCUUCCAUGGCACUCUUCCUCCACUUUGGCAUCAACACCUUUACGGAUUCGGAGUGGGGUUCGGGUCACGCGGAUCCGAGUGUCUUCAACCCGGUUGGACUGAAUGCUUCUCAGUGGGUCCAGGUGGCCAAGGAGGCUGGAUUUAACCGUGUCAUACUUACUGCAAAACACCAUGAUGGAUUCUGUUUGUGGCCAAGUGAAUACACAGAGUACAGUGUGAAGUUUGCCGAGUGGAGAAAUGGAAUUGGUGAUGUCGUUGCUGAGCUGGCAGUUGCUGCCAAAGAGGCUGGUGUUGCGCUUGGGCUUUAUCUUUCGCCUUGGGAUCGCCAUGAGCCAUGUUACGGCAAGACUUUGGAGUAUAACGAGUUCUAUAUGGGGCAGAUGACUGAGUUGUUAACUAGGUAUGGAGAGAUCAGGGAGGUAUGGUUGGAUGGUGCAAAAGGUGAGGGUGAGAAGGACAUGGAGUACUUCUUUGAUUCUUGGUUUAGUCUCAUUCAUCAGCUUCAACCUGGGGCUGUCAUAUUUUCAGAUGCUGGCCCUGACACCAGGUGGAUUGGAGAUGAGGCUGGUGUUGCUAGCUCCACUUGCUGGUCUCUUUUCAAUCGGAGUGCUGCAACCAUUGGUGGUACUGAUCCUCAAUACUCUCAGGGCGGGGACCCACGAGGUCAUGACUGGGUACCUGCUGAGUGUGAUGUCUCCAUCAGACCUGGUUGGUUUUGGCAUGCAUCAGAAGCUCCGAAGUCAGCACUGAAGCUUCUCGACAUAUACUACCAAUCGGUUGGAAGAAACUGUCUCUUAUUACUAAAUGUACCUCCGAAUUCUUCAGGCCUUAUCUCAGCUGAAGACAUUCAGGUGCUUAAAGAGUUCAGUGAGCUUCGGAGCUCCAUAUUUUCAUGUAAUCUUGCUGAGAAUGCUGUUGUUAGUGCAAGCAGCACACGAGGAGGAACUAAUGAAUCUCGGUUUAACCCUCACAAUGUCCUGAAAGAAGGUAUCUACUCCUACUGGGCUCCUGAAGAAAAUCAAACUCAAUGGGUGUUGUUCUUAGACCUUCAGGAACCCGUAUCUUUUAAUGUUCUACAAAUUCAAGAGCCGAUUCAUAUGGGACAGCGUGUUAUCAAGUUUCAUCUGGAUAUCUUGAAUGAAGGGAAAUGGAAGAAGUUGAUUAAUGGCACAACAGUGGGAUAUCAGAGACUCUUGCAAUUUCCUACCAUUAAAACUCAGCAGUUGAGGCUUGUAGUUGACAAGUCUCGAGCUGAUCCUCUCAUUUCUUAUUUGGGACUCUUUAUGGAUCCAUUCUCUGUUGUGAGCAACAUGUCUGAUACAAGCUCACCACCAUCUGAUACUCAGAUUAUUAGGCAAAUUGUGGGCAAAAAAUGGCAAUUGUUGGUUUCCUCAUGGAAUUCACUCUCCAUAUUCGAUGUGUAAAAAUUACAGUACAUAAAUUGUAAUUGAACAUCUUCUCCUGGGGAUUUAUGGCGUUUACUUUUAACCUCUUUUAAUCAGAAAAAAGGGGGAAGCAUUUUGAUGACCGUUA